AUGCCCUCCAUUCUCAGCGAUGCCGACAAGGAGACUGUCAAGCGGAACGUCCCCAAACCCGCCAACAAGAUCCUCGCCGUAGCUGUCGCGCGACUCUACGUCGCCUACCCCGAUGGGCAGAAAUGGACAUAUACCGGAGUCCAAGGCGCUGCGGUACUCUGCAACGAUCUCGUAGGAAGGACUUUCUGGCUCAAAAUUGUCGAUGUCUCGCCUGCGAACAGGGGCGUAAUCUGGGACCAGGAGAUUUACGAUAACUUCGCUUACAACCAAGACCGAACCUUUUUCCACACAUUUGAACUCGAAGAAUGUGCCGCUGGUCUCUCCUUUGUCGAUGAGAAGGAGGCCAAAACCUUCAUGAAGAAGAUGCAGGAGCGCGAGAAACAUGCAAGCAAAGAGACCACCAAGACACCAUUCGCAUCCACACGCGGCCAGGGACCUGCUCCUGUCUUGAAUGGGAAAGUAGGACGCUCAUUGUUUGGCAGCUUGUUGCAUCGUUCGAGCCCAGCGCCGGCGCCGCCAGCACCCGCUCCUUCAAUACAGAUUGCACCUCCACCCCCGACACUGGCCCCAGUGGCGCCACCCGCCGCGCAAGCUUUGCCAUUUGAUACAAGCGACCCGUCCUGGAAAGGACUGCUGGAUGAGCUGAAAGAGAUGGGAAUCACUGAAGACCAGAUUGCCGAGAACUCCGAAUUCAUCAAGGCUUACAUUGACCAGAAACAGGCCGCGGCGGCCGAAUCUGCCCCCACCGUGGAUCAGAACAAGCCCAAGGCUGCUCCUCCGCUGCCGCCUUCUGCGCCUCCCGCCUCGAAGGCCUCGAUCAGUCCUCAAAAUACAGGAUCCAGCUCCACAAGCAGACGGGGACCGCCGCCCCCGCCCCCGCCUCCGUCACGGAAGACACGAUCCGAAGCGCCAGAAGAAACGAUUUCUGCUCCUCCUCGUGAGCCGUCACCGCCUGCUCGGAGAUUCAAUGCACCUCCUCCAUUUGCAGAUGCGGGCAAAUUUGCUGAGCCCGCAGGCCCUGUGCCUCUGCGGCGUCCACGCGCAACAUCGAAUGUCAAUCCGGGGCCUCCACCGCCCCCGCGACCACCAAAGACACCGGUGGACGAUGGUCAACAUGGCCAGUCAAGUCAAUCACGAUUUGGGGUACCGCCUCCUUUCUCUGGUGAGCGCAAGGUUUCUGCGCCGCCGGCACCUCCCAGCCGUAGCCCAGCGCCGGGUGGGCCUCCCCCUCCACCGCCUCGUACGGCGAGCCCAGCAGCACCACCUCAGCUGCCUCCCAAAGUUCCGCCCAUGACCACUACAACUGGGCCUCCUCCCCCGCCCGCCAGAGGUCCCGUCUCACCUCCACUUCCACCCCCGCCCGCGCCUCGACCCGUGCCAGCUGCACCACCUCCACCACCUAGGGGACCAGUCUCACCACCUCCCGCUCCACCCUCAGCUCCUGCAUUCUCUCCCAGCAUGCCUCCACCGCCGCCCCCUCCAGCGCCUGGAUCUGCUGCACCUGGGGGCCUCCCACCGCCGCCUCCACUUCCGGGCCGUGGUGGUCCCUCAAUGCCUCCUCCUCCCCCUCCUCCAGCCCCUGGCUCUGGGGCACCAGGAGGACCACCACCGCCACCUCCACCACCUGGAGUAUCUGGAGGUGGUCCUCCUCCUCCUCCCCCACCUGGAGGCGGUGCUCCACCCUUGCCCAAGGUCGGCGGACGUGAUGAUCUACUAGCGUCUAUCCGGGCUACUGGUGGCAGUGGAGGUGGUGGCUUGCGUAAGGUCAAGGACACCGAGAAGAAGGACAGGAGUGCUGCCUUAGUACCAGGUGCUGCUACGGAAUCCGCGGCUGCAAGCACAAGCGGAGGCGGCGCCCCGCAAGGCGGGUUGGCAGGUGCAUUGCAAGACGCCCUCAAUAAGCGAAAACAGAGAGUCAGUGGAAGUGAUGACGAGAAAGACAACGACGACGACUGGUGA